UUGGACAGGUUAUUGUUAAAGAUGUGUUUGAAUUGUGAAUGUAUUAUCUAAAUGUGACAAUAUAUAUUUCUCAAGAAGUUGUUGCAUUCUGAAAGGUGUUAAACCAUUGGUUUACGGAUUAACAACCACUUCCGCAUUAGUUAAGUUUUAUUUGAGCAUGGCAGCUGACGGACUAGAUAGAGCAUCGGUUCCAUCAGAGGACCUGAGGGAUGAGGGGACCCACUUGACCGACACACCCAGUCCAGAUGAGGGGACCCACCUGACAGUAACACCCAGUCCAGAGGCAGGGGUCCCAGCUGCCUUUAACAGUGCCAAAGACACCCUAAAAGCCAAAGCAGAGUCAGCAGAACGGGAGGAGAACGGAGUCGACGUGUGUCAGUAUUUCCUGAUGGGAAAGUGUCAUUUUGGCCAAAGAUGUCGUUUCUCUCACAGGAACCCAACAACAGAUGAUUCAGGCGCUGUAUCUCCGGACCAGGAUGACAAACAGGAUGGAGAAAAGACGGAAACUCACAAGAAGAGUGUGAACAAGGCCACAAAGCCAAAACACGAGACAAAAGAGGUGAACAAGAAGCCUCGCAUGCGCACAGCAGAUGACGUUAUCUCUCGCAUCCUGUGGGACUCGUCGGUGGAUGCAACAGAAUUUGUCGUGGGGUAUGUGGAUCGCUUCCUUGGGGUGCUGGAGCGUCCCUUCGAGGACUUCAACUGGGACGCCGACCCCUGCGACUGUGAUUACUCUACGGAGCUGGCUCUGCCCAGACACAGGAUCCAGUACUUUGCGUACAGAGGGCACCGGGUCUGGGACCGCCACAGCAGGACCGACAGAGUGUUCGGCUCCACCGGUCAAUCUCUGGCUCCCCCCUUUGGAGGGGAGGGGGAAGUUAAGGAAAUUAACACAGAAGAGCAACAACAAGACCAGCCACCCGCUGAGGUUCUGCACCUGCAGGAAGAGAGUGAAACAGAGGAGUGUGCUCCCACUGAUUACACACAUCUGGAGGAAGAGAAGCCGAGUGGGAUGAACACUCAGACCCCUGACUCAACACAACCAGCUCCAAAGUGCAGAGGAGACACUUCUCAGGAACAACAGGAAUCCCGAGGAGCAUGUGUUAUGGAGGAGGCUGCAAUAAGACCUGAGGCUUCAAAAGACCAAAUGACCUCAUCCCAAAGUGAGGAAACGAGUGUAAAAGAGGGCGAGGACGAGAAUUUGGCAGAAUGCAAAGAAAGCUGGGAAGGCACAGAUGCUUUGAGUUCUCUCCAAGCCCUGAACGUGAGCGAGGAUCCAUCAGCACCUCUGGAGCAGAGAGAGAAGCGUGGCGGUCGCCCUGCUACCAAACGCCCCACGCACUUCAUCACCUUCAGGGCCAACACUCCAGCGAUCCUCUCCAGUUUCCAGCAGUUGCAGAAGGAGAUCACGAAUCUUCUGCCGUCGUCUGCUCCUCACUGGCAGACCGCCCCCAGCCUUCAUGUCACCAUGGUCCUUCUGAAUUUGUCGGGCCCAGCUGAGGUCGCCGCUGCUGAGGAGGUCCUCCGACAGUUCGCCUUUUUCGAUCGCAACCCGCCGGUGUCUCUGACCUUCCCUGUGAGGCUGAAGCAUUUCAACGGGAAGGUGCUGUACCUGAGCCCCCAGCCUCAGCUUCACAUCCAGCAGCUCAACAGCGGCCUGCAGGAGGCCUACAUGAAGGAGGGCUGGCUGCACAAGGACUCCUACAACCCGCGCUACCAUCUUACACUGGCCAAGGUAGAGGGCAAGGAGGGAGACCGGGUUUUUGAAGGGGUCGGGGACCUAAAGGUGGGGAAGGGUUUAAAUUUUGGCCGUCUGCCAGUAAACACCUUACACCUUUGUGCCAUGGGCUUUUCCGAAGAAGAUGGUUUUUAUAAGACCGUGUGCUCGGUAACGCUUCGAUGAUAGGAGAGUGUUUUCUUCCACACGCACACGCUACAGACAUGUAUGUUUAUUCGGGCUGUCAGCGUUAACGCGUUAAUCUAUGCGAUUAAUUUGGCCGCGAUUAACGCACUAAAAUAUUUGAACGCAAUUAACGCAACUUUGUUUACUUCCGGUGUUCGUUGAAGUUUUUGCACUUCUCUGAGUGUCAAGCCGCGGCAGUCCGCCUCCUUCCUCCCGUCUGCUCCUCGAUAUUCACAGAGAAACAGAGGGCGACGUGUCGGUGACGCGGGGCGGAAGGUGCAGGUGACUUUUUUUUGUUGCUCCGCUCGAUGCGCGCAGACACGCCGGCAUGGAGCUCUGCGGCGCGCGAGACGGAGAGCCGAGAAGAGUGAACGACACGUCGAGACAGAAUAACAUGCUGCUGUGUAGAGACGAUCAACAACAGACGUUUAGUUUAAUAAAAGAACAAAGAUGUCUUUAAGGAAAGAACCUUACAUUACUUCUGCUUUAAUCUGGCGCGAUAGAGAAAAUUGCAGGGGGGCGGGGCCUCACCCUGAUAGAAUGGUGGGGGAAACACUGGGAUGUGUCAUAUGCAAACGCCUUUAAAAGGUGAAUUUAAUUUUUUUUGUAAAAUCCAGAAAAUGAGCCCAGACUCCAUAGGGUUAACAUGACAUAUUUGUCAGUUUAUCAAGGCCACUGGUUCUGCUGUUCAGUGUUAAAGAUGACAGGACCAAUGGGGUCUCAAAUACACCUUUGUUUACUAAUCUGGAAGUUUCACUGAAGAAACAAUUUAUCAUCCACGAUAUUAAAUCCCUCGCUGGCACUUUAUAGGUAGGAGCCUCUUUGAAAACACAGCUCUGUGUGAAGUUUUGUCUUUAAAAAAAGAAUACAAUUAAACAAGUGUCUAAAAUACACGCUGUCUGAAGUGAUUACUCGUUCAUUUAGAAGAUUUAGAAGAAAAAAAAACUUUUAAUCGCGAUUAAUGAAUUUCAAAAUGUGCGAUUAAUUAGUUACUUUUUUUAAAUCGAUUGACAGCCCUAAUGUUUAUACAAUGGGUGCAAUACCUUUGAUAUUUGCACUCGGCAUGUGGGUUUAUUUACCAGAUCUCAAGUCUGUUUUUAAGUUAUUACGUUAAUUAAAGUAAGGUGUUCUUAUAAAGAUAAUCAGGUGAAAUCUGGGAGUAAAUUAACACACUGUUCAAUUUGACUAAACUAUUUUAAAAUGCAGAAUGAUACAAUGGUCUGACUACACUUGAAUUCUGAUAUAAUAAAACCAUAUAUGUAAUGAAUGAACUUGAUGAAUGCAAUUGAAUCUGUUCAGAGUCUACGUUAUACGUCCUGUUGAUAUUGCAGAAUAAAAAUUUAAUGUAGUUUAAUGUAGUAGAAUAAUAAUAAAAAAUGGAAUUUAAAUGCAA